UUCACCGAUUGAUGAAUGCGCCGCUCGAAGGAUACAAUGAUGCAAGAUGAGGAUCUAGGAGCUUCUGCUAAACGGAAUAUCUUUACACAAUCGGUAGUUAGAAUAUCACAGACAUACCAGAAUUAUCUAGACCUCUGGACACCCCGUGCGAUAUCAAGAUGGAUAUUUGCAGUAUUCUUAAUAGCUAUAUUUGUUCUACGUGUUUUAUUAUCACAGGGUUGGUACAUCAUUACAUAUGCAUUGGGGAUUUAUCAUUUAAAUUUAUUCAUUGCAUUCCUCACACCAAAGAUUGAUCCAGCGAUGGAUUUUGAUGAUGGCGAUGGCCCAGAAUUACCGACAAGAUCUAGCGAUGAAUUUAGACCUUUUAUUAGGCGACUUCCAGAAUUUAAGUUUUGGUACUCUGUAACAAAAUCAACUAUUUUCGCUAUGGUAUGCACAAUGUUUGAUUGCUUCAAUAUUCCAGUAUUCUGGCCAAUCCUUGUUAUGUAUUUCAUAACACUAUUUUGCAUUACUAUGAAGCGUCAAAUAAAGCAUAUGAUAAAAUAUCGAUAUUUACCAUUCACACAUGGGAAGCCAAAGUAUCAAAAUCAUAACGAUACUUCACGGUCUAUAAAUCUGAAAUGAAUAGGAAUAAAAUAUACUUGUAUCGGUACAGUACGUAACUGUGUAGUUCACAAUAUCUCUCCGUAUUGCCCGAUUUCGAGACAUACCUGGUGAAAUUGGCCAGAAACAAUUUCUCUGUAAAUGACGCCGUGGCACGAGAGAAGUCGUCGAUACCAUACACGAAAAACAUGAUUCGAUGAGAUUCUACAGAGUCGUGAACUCCAAUUUACUACAUUAAACGAUAUAUAAACCGAAUUGUCUUAAUAUAUGUGUAACAUAAAACUUGUACAAAGUAUCGUUAGAUCAUACAUAAAUGUGGACACGGUAACAAUUCGAACGGUAUACAGCUGUUAAUGUAAUGUUAAGUUAUUAUGGAAUGUAAAGAAAUUGCUAUGCAUAAGGUUCAUUAAAUGAUGAAGUUCAUUUUA